ACAAUAAUUAUCCACUACCGCAUGUCUACCUGGGUCGCGGACAACAGAACCAUACCAGAAUGGAAGAAUAAGUUCCGUGCAGGCUACCUUACACUGAAUAAUGCAUUCAGAUCACGACGUGCCAUAGACUGGGUAAAAACUCACCACAAACCUUUGUUUGCGACGUUAUUUGACGCUACAGAUGCAUUCCCAUCAACGAACCAAGAUAGGUCGUAUCACCGUUUAAUAGAGCUAGCAAUGGGGGUUCCUGCUUGA